AUGCAAACGUGCUGCCUACCAGCGCGCUCCGCUGCGGCGCCCGACGGCGCCCCCGCGUGGUGCACGCGGAGGCCGGCGCGGCACGCCGCGCAGCGGCCCCCCUCGCGGAAACGCCAGGAGCUCGCGACGCCGAAGUGGUACGACAAGAUCAACUUCGCCACGGGCAACCUGCCGAUGUCUGUGCAGCCCGGGGUGCAGUUCAACGGCAAAAUGUACCACAGCGGCGAGUUCAAGGGCACGGUGGCCUGCGGCAUGCGCUCGCACGUCGUCUUCAAGCCGGCGAUGGCGUUCAACUCCGAGAAGGGCCUGCAGAUGACCUGUGACGGGUGCGAGCUGCAGGACGCCGACAUCUGGCCGCCCAUGUGGAUCAUCUUCACGAAGCAGUUUGAGCUGGGGCUGAUGGGGAUGCCGCAGAUGCUGAUGAAGGGCGACUUCGGUGGUCUCGAGAAGGCGACCCUCGGCUUCGAGAUGCGCCCCUACGUCAACAUCACCGUCACCCGCGACGGCAACGCGACGGAGGGCUCGGCUUCGACGAAGAAGCUCAUCGCAUACCCCUUUCGCGUGAUGGGUCUCGCGGCCUCUGGCUUCGGGAAGAGCUACGUGGUGAAGGUGAACGCGAGCGGCAACACGGUGAGCACGAGCAAGGGCAUCAACUGGGGCACGGUGACCUACCGCGACUACGUGAGCAAGUUCGACCUGGGGAACCUGCCGGAGAAGGACGUGCUGAACCAGGACAUGACCGUCUCCCUGUAUGAGGUGGACGGCAGCACCGAGACCCUGCUCGGCUCGGGCGUCUAUACGUGCACCUCCCUGAUGAGGAGCCAGUGCCACCCCUCGCCCGCGAUCGUGACCAUCACGUCGAGCGACAAUUCGGAGGUUGCCGCGGUGGAGCUGGCGGUGGUGUGGGACGAAUCCCCAGACCCUUGGUUUGCCAGCCACAUUCGUGGCGUGGCCCUGAGCUUCCCCUCCGUGCAGCUCAAGGACCCGCUGGCCGGCCAGGUCCAGUCCAGCUCGGGCAACGGCACAGCGGGACCUGCAGAGACACAAGCAGUUGCGAAGCGUCCUGGCUGGCUCUGA